AUGAUGAUGAUGAACCGUGUGAUGUGUGUGUUGGCUGUUGUGCUGUGCUGUGCCUGCGGGAAUACCAUGACGGCUGCUGCUGCUUUACAGCCAAAAGCGGUGAUGGCGAAUACUGGACUUCCUGAUGAAUUGAAGAAUAUCGUGGGUAGUGAGUAUCCUUCUGCUGGUGAGUUUCCUUAUGUUGAAAAGAGUACAGGAAUUAAUGAUUACUUUAAAAAAAAAAUAAGGAGGCAAAACAUGACAAGUCUAAAGAUGCGAGACAGGAGGAUCCGUCAUUAUCUUCAACAAGGGCGGGGGCACAGAAUCAUGUUGUAUCUUCUGGUGGUGAUACUUCUCAUAUUAAACAGGGUGAAACUGAAACGGAAGUAG